AUGUCCUGCCGCUCCUUCCAGCCGGGGUCCAGAUACGGCGGUCAGAGCUUCAGCUCCUGCUCAGCUGUCCUCCCCCGGAUGGUCACCCACUAUGUCGUGAGCAAGGGGCCGUGCCGGUCCGGGGGCGGGGGGGCGCUCCACACCCUGGGCUGCCUGGGCUCCCGAAGCCUGUGCAAUGUGGGCUUCGGGAGGCCUCGGGUGGCCUCCAGGUGUGGCCUGCCUGGCUUCGGGUACCGAGCGGGGGUCCCCUGUGGGCCCUCGGCCUGCAUCGCCCCCGUCACCAUCAAUGAGAGCCUGCUGGUCCCGCUCGAGCUGGAGAUCGACCCGGCCGUGCAGAGGGUGAAGAGGGACGAGAAGGAGCAGAUCAAGUGCCUGAAUAACCGCUUUGCAUCCUUCAUCAACAAGGUGCGCUUCCUGGAGCAGAAGAACAAGCUGCUGGAGACCAAGUGGAACUUCAUGCAGCAGCAGAGGUGCUGCCAGAACAACAUAGAGCCCAUCUUCGAGGCCUACAUCUCCGCCCUUCGGCGGCAGCUGGACUGCGUGGCAGGGGACCGGGCCAGGCUGGAGUCUGAGCUCUGCAGUGUGCAGGACGCGCUGGAAAGCUACAAGAAAAAGUAUGAAGAGGAGCUCUCCCUGCGGCCCUGUGCUGAGAAUGAGUUUGUCGCCUUGAAGAAGGAUGUGGACACGGCGUUCCUGAUGAAGGCUGACCUGGAGACCAACGCAGAGGCUCUGGUCCAGGAGAUCGACUUCCUAAAAGGCCUGUAUGAGGAGGAGAUCUGCCUGCUCCAGUCUCAGAUCUCCGAGACCUCCGUCAUUGUGAAGAUGGACAACAGCCGGGAGCUGGACAUGGAAGGCAUCAUUGCCGAGAUCAAGGCCCAGUAUGAUGACAUCGCUAGCCGCAGCAAAGCCGAAGCCGAGGCCUGGUACCAGAGCCGGUAUGAGGAGCUGCGGCUGACAGCCGGGAGCCACGGUGACAACCUCCGCAACCACAAGAACGAGAUCCUGGAAAUGAAAAAGCUGAUCCAGCGGCUUCAGCAAGAAAUUGAGAAUGUGAAAGCCCAGCGCUACAAGCUGGAGGCCGCAGUGACCCAGUCGGAGCAGCAGGGCGAGGCGGCCCUCAAUGAUGCCAAGUGCAAGCUGGCGGGGCUGGAGGAGGCCCUGCAGAAGGCCAAGCAGGACAUGGCUUGCCUGCUCAAGGAGUACCAGGAGGUGAUGAACUCCAAGCUGGGCCUGGACAUCGAGAUCGCCACCUACAGGCGGCUGCUGGAGGGCGAGGAGCACAGGCUGUGUGAAGGCAUUGGGCCCGUGAAUAUCUCCGUGAGCAGCUCCAAAGGCGCAGUCCUCUACGAGCCGUGUGUGGUCAGCACACCCGUGCUGAGGACCGACUACUGCCCAGGGGGCACCGGGGUCCUCAAGACCAGCGGGGGCUGCCGCGUCGUGGGCACCGGUGAAGUCUACAGCCCCUGCGAGCCUCAGGGGCUGCUGGGCUGUGUGAGCGGGCGGGGUUCCAGCAUGAAGCUAGGGGCUGGGAGCAGCUCUUCCUACAAGUGUUAACCCAGCCCCCGAGGCUGGAAGCCCAGGGACAGGGCGCCAGCCCCCCGCCUGGAUGUUGUCCCCCGACCAGGGCUGAAGACAAGGAUAUUCCCAAA